AUGGCCAAUAGCAGUAGAAUGAGUGCUUUUAUACUUUUGGGAUUGACUGACAACCCGGAGAUGGAAGUCCCCUUGUUCAUAAUAUUCACCCUCAUCUAUCUCAUCACACUGAUCGGGAACUUAGGCAUGAUUGUGUUGAUCUGGCUGGACUCCCGUCUCCACAUUCCCAUGUAUCUUUUCCUCAGUAAUCUCUCUCUGGCAGACUGUGUUUACUCCUCAGCUGUGACUCCAAAGGUGAUGGCUGGACUUCUCACAGGGGAUAAAGUUAUCUCCUAUGGGGGAUGUGUUGCUCAAAUGUUCUUCUUUGUGUCAUUUGCCAGUGUUGACUGUUUUCUGCUUGCUGCCAUGGCUUUUGACAGGCAUGCUGCAGUUUGCAAGCCCUUACAUUAUGCCACUACCAUGACUGCUAAUGUGUGUACUUAUAUAGUGAUUGGCUGCUAUGUGUUUAGCUUAGCAGAAUCAUCUAUCUAUAUUGGGUUUAUCUUUGAUCUCUCCUUUUGCCAUUCUACUGUGAUUCAUCACUUUUUCUGUGAUAUCCCUCCAAUCCUGGAUCUUUCCUGCUCUGAUAUAUACAUGAAUGAGAUUGUGCUCUUUACCAUGACAUCCUUUAAUGUCUUUUUUGCUCUGAUAGUUAUCUUGACCUCCUAUGCAUUCAUACUCAUUGCUAUCCUGAGGAUGCGCUCAGCAGAAGGACGGAAGAAAGCCUUCUCCACUUGUGCAUCUCACCUCACUGCUGUGACCAUAUUCUAUGGAACUAUAAUCUUUAUGUAUCUACAGCCCAGUUCUAGUCAUUCCAUGGACAAUGACCAAAUGGCAUCUGUGUUUUACACCACAGUAGUCCCCAUGUUGAACCCAGUAGUCUAUAGCUUAAGGAAUAAAGAGGUUCAUAAUGCCUUAAAGAAAGCCACUGAGAAGAUGAAGUCUGUUCAACACCUAGUUUUAAUUAGAGAUUUAUACAAUUUACACAAUUAA